CGUUGACACUACAUAUUCAUCUAGGGCUCCUUUCGACAAUCCUUCACGCCACCGUCCAGCUAUAUAUGAGAGGCCACCGCGUAGCGAGGUACAAACUCGCGAUUUCGUACCAAGAGCUCCACGGGGUUUCCCUGUUCAGCCACCUCAUGGACCACCUCCGUCCUCUCCCACAAAUCCGUCCUUCGACCGAAGGCCCCAUGGUCCAGACUAUGUCCCGACUCGUCCAAGAGAGAGGCAGCCUCCUGCUCAUCCGAGGGACUCGUGGCCCGGCCAUCGUGAACCUGCCCCUUCGUCCUAUCCGCCACCGGCGGCUCGUGUCGUCCACCCCAGACCGAACACGACACUGUCCGGGAAUGCCACUAGGCCACUUCCUUAUGAGUCUUCGCAAGAGAGGCCGAGUCGGGCGCAAUAUGAUAAACACGAAGCGCAGUAUCAGGAUGUCCAAGCCCCUCGAGCUCAACGUCAUGACACUCCUUUGGGGCCCGCGUCCAAAACCUCCACCACAAACAGUGUUCCUGCUGCAAGCAGAAGUGGUCCUCAACUUGGACCUCCACCGCCCAUCCCAUCUCAACUUCCACCUCCUUCUACACUGACCCGGCGGGGGUCUAUCCAUACAACGCAUGUCGAAUCCGGGCAUAGUCACCCUACCCUAGAGCCUGCCCCUCACUGGGAACGGCCAUCGUCCCAAACGAUGAGACCCCCGCUGCCGCGCAUGCCACCAGCUUCCUCACACCCUACUCAUUCGGACGUGAGCGAAGGCAUGACGGCUCACAAUGGA